AUGAAGGCCAUGAAGGGGCUUAGCGUUAACCGCAUGAUGAGCACCAUCAAGAAGCGAACGACGAAUACCUUCAGUGGACCCGGCGAUGCGUCGGCGUCGUCGGACCCGCAGUACGAGACGCCCGAAGCUAUCGCUACACGCAGUGUGAGACAAUUUUGCGAAUCCGGAGGUCCCAAUGCUCAGGGUGACGAAGUCCUCUACCUUCCGCCCAUCGUCGAUGCUGCCGAGUCCUCCCCUGUCGCCGCUGCUGAGUGCGCCCGUGUCAUUCGUAAAUACUUGGCCAAGGACAACCAUGCCAAACCCUCGUGGCAGUACAAUGCGAUCAUGCUCAUCCGUAUCCUGACUGACAACCCCGGUCCGACCUUCACGCGCAACAUGGACAAAAAGUUCGCCGAUACCGUCAAGGAGUUAUACCGAUCUACACGUGACCCUAGCGUCAGACAAAUACUUUCGGAGACGCUGGAUACCUUUGAGGCCACCAAGGUUGAUGACCAAGGGCUUGGGGAGCUGCUUUCCAUGUGGAAGAAAGAGAAAGAGCGCAGUUACAAGCAAUAUGGCAACCCAAGACAAUCGACGACAGGACCCGAGCCUAGGACGAUGAAUGCACCACCAUUCAACCCCCACUCUCAGAACUACUUUGCCCGAAGCCAUACCAACCGGACUUUGCCCGAUGCCGUGGAGUUAGCGAGCAGACUGGAGGAAGCACGAACGUCUGCUAAGCUUCUGUCUCAGGUUGUAGUUAACACACCUCCCCAAGAAGUGCUCGACAACGACUUGAUCAAGGAAUUCUCCGACAGAUGCCAGAGCGCCUCAAGAAGUAUACAGAUGUAUAUGGUGGCGGAGAACCCCUCCCCCGACAACGACACGAUGGAACACCUAAUCGACACGAAUGAACAACUCCAGUCGGCACUCAACCAGCAUCAGAGAGCAGUCCUUGGCGCCCGUAAGCAACUCGGCAUCGGUCCACGGUCAGAUAACGCAAGCCCCGUGAGUACUCAGACGGCUGAACACCAGCACCCGAACCGUCCGCUAGACUGGCACCAGGCGCAGUCGUCGUCCUCUAGUUCGACACCGGCUCCUCCUAUACCGACUAGGCCAGCUGAAGGCAACAGCAAGGGGAAAGCAUUGGAGUCGUUCGCGCCGCCUCCCGGCCCUCCGCCAAAAGUGCAACAGCAACACUCCGUGGAAGACCAGGAUCCGUUCAGAGAUCCCCAGCAGGAAAAUAACUACUCUUCCUCGAGCAGACCUGGAGGAUCCGGUAGCGCGGCGGGAUUCCAUGGUGAGGAGCCGCGACUGGCUUCAGAACCCUACCACCCGGGCUUCAACUCCACUCCAAGCUAUCUGGGACGGCAAGACAGUGCUCUGGGUAAGAUUACAAUGCAUGGUGCUGACGCUGCCACUACGCCUGGUCCCCUAAGUGGUAAUCCUAUUCAGAGCAGCGAUUUCAGGAAUCGCGCCGAGACACUACACGAAGACUCGGACGACGACCUUUAUGAAUCGACCCCCAAGAGCUCCAAGAAAAAAGAAUCAGGGUACAGGUAUUGA